CUUUUUUAACACAACAACAGCUCGUCAGCCAUCUCGGAAACCAAAAAUAGCUGAAACAUUAAAGCUCUCUUUACGCUUUCUGGUAUAUUAGCCACGGUGGUUGGACACAUUUAUGUCAUCUAGUUAGUUAUCCCAAUUAAUUAAAUAUUUACGUUGUUGUUUUUGGUCAGCUAGCUGGCUGGUUAAGUUAGCACUAGCAUAGCUAGCUAACAUCUCCGACCAUGAGGUCACUAAGCUACUCUCCUGUUAAAGAAGUGAAAGAGGAGGAGGAAGAGGAGGCUGUUACAGUCAAACGAGAAGAGGAAGACGUUUCAGUGAAAGAAGAGGAAGACGCGUUCAGAGUGAAAGAGGAAGAGGAGGAUGUUCCAGUAAAAGAAGAGGAUGAAGAGAUGGACAUUUCAGUGAAAGAAGAGGAAGAAGCGUUCCGAGUGAAAAAGGAGGAUGAUGUUAAGGUGAAGGAGGAAGAGAAUGAGGAGGAUACCGUUUUUGUAAUGAAGGAGGAAGGAGAGAUAACUGUCAUAUUGGAGGAGGAAGAGGAGGAGAUUGGGGAUCUGAUUAACACCAGAGAGACACGUGACCGUCGCGGAUCCUCUGGGGAGCCUCAACGACGUCACGAUGCUGACGAGGCAGAGGAGAGUCUCUCCAGAUCAGAACACCUCAAGAAACACCAGCGGAGACCCAAAACGAAAACUCACUGCUGCUCUGACUGUGGGAAAGGUUACAAAUAUUCAUCAGCUCUUAAAAAACACCAGAGGUUCCACACCGGAGAGAAAGUAUACCACUGCUCAGACUGUGGGAGGAGGUUUACUUCCUCAGUCGGAAUGCAAUUACAUCAGAGAACCCACACUGGAGAGAAACCGUACCACUGCUCAGAUUGCGGGAUGGGUUUUACUACCUCAUGUAGACUGAUAUCACAUCAGAGAAUCCACACGGGAGAGAAACCAUACAUCUGCUCUGACUGUGGGAUGAGUUUUACAACCUCCGGUGGAAUGAUAUCACACCAGAGAGUACACACUGAGAAGACUUUUGCUGCCCGGACAGCCCUGGCUACUCACAAACGAAUCCACACUAGGGAGAAACCGUUUCACUGCUCCGACUGUGGAAUGAGCUAUAUUACCUUCAGCGGCCUGAAAACACACCAGGCUAAACAUACCGGAGAGAAACCGUAUAGCUGUGAUGUGUGUGGGGAUAGUUUUUCUCUCUCCACAACCCUAUCUAUUCAUAAACGAAUACACACAGGUGAGAAACCUUACCACUGCCUUGACUGUGGAAUUAGCUUUUCUGCCUCAAGUGGCCUGAGAAGACACCAGAGAAAACAUACAGGAGAGAAGCCUUAUAGCUGUGAUCAGUGUGGGAAGGGUUUUCUUCGAUCAGACUCCCUGGCAAAACACAAGGCAAGAGCCACAGAGUGUGGAAUGAUCUCCAACACCAGACCUGGGUAGUAGAACACAGAGUGUAGAAUGAUCUCCAACACCAGACCUGGGUAGUAGAACAGAGAGUGUAGAAUGAUCUCCCAACACCAGACCUGGGUAGUAGAACAGAGAGUGUAGAAUGAUCUCCAAUACUAGACCUGGGUAGUAGAACACAGAGUGUAGAAUGAUCUCCAAUACUAGACCAGGGUAGUAGAACACAGAGUGGAAUGAUCUAUUUGUGAUACCUUUUGAUGUGGUAGUGUGUGUGUGUUCAACUUGUAUUUAAAAAUCCUACCACUUUUGAUUGAUCUAAUGUCACAUGAUCACAAUUUUAAUGUUGUAAAAAUGGUGGAACAUUUAUAGAAAAUGUUACAGAUGGAGCAUCAGGACAAUAAAUGUGAUGUUUUGGUGUAGUUGAGAGACCCUAGAAGUUUUCACAUUCCGGAUGGUGCUGCAUAUAAACAGAAAAAAUGAGUUUCUAAUAUCAUGUAGCCUCGACUCCAGGUUUCACUGACGUUGCUCUCCAAAAGCCUGAGCAAGUUCAUGUUGGAAAAGUAGGUAUGAAAGCAUCCUGAUUACCUGUGUGCUGCUGGCUGAUUGGCUGAGAGUAUAUGCCAUUUUUCCAAAUCAACCAUCAUUUCCAUUCCUCUUCAGAAACAGAGUAAGUUAAGAAAACCCAUUUCAGUCUUCUGGGACCCUGGGACCCUGACCCUGGGACCCUAACCCUGGGACCCUGACCCUAACCCUGACCCUGGGACCCUAACCCUGGGACCCUGACCCUGGGAUUGAGUCUUACUUUCCAGUGGGGACAAUGACACACAUGUUAAUACCAAACGCACACCAGAAUGUCUUUCCAAGAAGUGUUGUGUGUUCCUGACUGGUCCAGUCUCAGUCCUGAUUUAUAUCUACCUGAAAAUCAGAGACAUGGGUGUUGGAUUCUGGGUAAACAUUGGAACAUUGUUAUACGUGUAAGUGAAUAAAGGAGUGGAAGAGAGACUGGGUUUUUAUGUCAGAGGUUAAUGGAUUGGAGAGGAGUGUCCCAAGUGGUGUGUAUAUACUGGUGAUGGUGGAAACAUGUUGUCUGAAUUACAGCUGUAUAACGACCCUUUGGGGAAGAAUUAAACUU